GUUUGUCCCCAGUAUUGUUGGUUUUCUGCACAUUUUUCUUACUUCGGUUAAUACUUUUUAUAUUAAAAGGUUGAUUUAACUUUUUUUUAGGUAAAUUCAUCCAUUGCCAGUUUGGAAACAAAUCUAAAUGAUGGGAUAUACUUUGGUAAUGAUAUAAUUCUAAAGUAUGCUGAAGUGUAUGAAAAUACACGGUCUCAGGAAGAUAUAACAGCUGUCCCUAAGACAUAUGAACAAAUGUGUGACGAAUAUUAUAAAACGUUUCGUGAAGAAAGUAGUGGAAUGUUCAAUUCUGAUCCCCGAGGAUAUCAGAUCUGGGAGGCUGAACGGAAUACGUGGAAUUUAUUAAAAUUAUUAUCACAAUAUCGAUUCACACCUAUAAAAAAUAUUGAUGAAGCAAGAAAACCAUUUCAAACGGAUGGGCAACUUUUAUGUGAGCUUCUCGCGAUCAAUAAGGAUUUUGCUGAGGCUUGGAUCGUACGUCAAUGGUUGUGGAAGAUAGCACCAGAAUUCAUUACUGUAGAAACAAAUCCUGAAUAUCGUGCUUUCACUAAAAAUGCAAUCCUAUUGAACCUUAAAAAAGGAGAUUCAGAAGAAUACAAGUACCUUGAUCCAGAUGGUGUUCACAGAACCCAACGAGCUUUAGAUUCUCUUGAUCAGGAACACGAAAAAGAGCUUGCGAGGUCUAUAUUUGAGUAUUUACGGAGAGGUCAGGUUGACGAUGCAAUGGAUAUUAGCGAUAAAAAUGGUCAUUUUUGGCGAACUGCCAGUAUGAGUGGGAUCAUAUUAUACAAUGAAAAAGUUGAUGAUGAUGUUAUAUCAACAAUUGGUAAUAUUAACCGGCAUAUAUGGCGUACAACGUGUUAUCAUUGUGCUAAUCAGGAAAACCUUUAUAUUUAUGAUCGAGCAAUUUAUGGUGUUCUUAGUGGAGAUUAUGAAAAUAUCAUUCCUGUUUGUCGGACCUGGGAAGAUCAUAUUUGGGCUUAUUAUCAUAGUCUUAUCGAGUGUCAGCAAGAUGAGUACUUUAGUAAGCAUGUUCGACAUAUGGGAGUUAAUGAAGACGACGAUUUACCUAUAAAUAUCAAAUCUACUACACCAAAUAAAAUUUUUGAAAUGGUGGAAUCAAAAAGAAUUGACAGAGAUCCUGAUAUUGAAAGGUUUCACAUCAUUCAAAAAUUGAUUAUUUUGAAUGAUUCAAAGGAAUUGGUUAAACAAUUAAAGGAGGAAUUAAUCGAUAAACGGCUAAGUCGUGAAGAUGAAACUGCAUAUUUUCAUUUCCUUCGCCUGGCAACGCAUUUGAUUUUGUAUUUACGUGAUUUGAUGCUUCCAACUCCUGACAAGGAAUCGGAUCAUAUUAUCAAAUUAUAUACUGAAUUAUUAAUAGAAUAUCGACAGAAUAAGCUUAUUGCAUUAUAUGCUUCAAAAUUACCUAGAGAUACAUCUAUUGAAAUUUAUGCCUUGUUUUUAAAAGAUGUAAUGGCAAGUUAUGCAGAGCGUCAUAAACUUUUCAUUCUGGCAGAACAGUAUGGUCUAAAUGUGAUCGCCAUUGCACGAAAAACUUUUGAUUUAAUAUUUCAAGAAAUUGAAACUGCGGAUAAGCAUGGUGCUGUUUUUGAUGUCAGAAUAAUUUCUUUGAAAGAACCUAUAAAACAGACCGAAAUAAUUCAAAUCCGUGCAUUGGAAUGGCUGACGUUUAACAAGGAGCAACAUCGUGAAGCCCUUAAAUUAGGAAAUACUUUAUGCAGAAGAUUUCUUGCCUCGGGGAAGAUGAAUGUAGCGGGUAUGAUUAUAAUGGAGAUGAAAAAUUCAAAAUCGCCUUUAUCAAUUAUACGCUAUGAGAAAUCGGAAGAUGGUGAGAUUGAUACUGUAUACGUUGAGCAUCAAAAUUAUUACAAUAUGAUAGAAUAUUAUAACAGAUAUGAGAUUUGGUGGAAAACAUGGAAGUCGAAACCUAAGAAGAGUAAUUUGAAAGAUACGGAUGACUGGAAUAAAAGUAUUAAAGAAGUCACGAAUUCUUUGGAUAAUCUUUUUCACAAAUUUUUAGAAUCGUAUGUUUAUGACUACAUAAAAGAGUCGAAUAACAUGAUGACUGAUGAAGAUGAGAAUCGGAUACGUGAAUCGGAACGAGUAAUGGAUAUUUAUAUUCCUAAUGCAGUACUUCGACAUCAUACUGCAUUGUACGAAACACGUGAAAUUAUUCCAGAAAAUUUGGAAAAAAGUUUUAAUUUAGCCAAUAUAGUAGUAGAAGAAAGUUCAGAUCUCUCUAUGCAUUUUGUGCGAUCGAAAAAAUUGCAAGCGCUUCUAAUGGCGUUACGCGACUCUUAUCUUGAAAUACUAAGGAAAAACCCUAAAGAUAUCUCAAACGUUUUAUACGAUGAACAAAAAUUCAAUUAAUUAAUAGUUUAAUAAUAGAUCGACACUGACUUAAAUCUGAUAUAGAGUAACUAAUAUUAUUCAUCUUAUUUCCUUCAUUAAGGAACUUUGUAGUAAUAAAGCAAGUUAUUGAAAAUA